CGAGCGGAGCCAAUCGGUGGCGUGGAGUCCCUGAGAGUGCGCAUUGGUCUCGCACGUCAACAUUCUGACUACAAUUCCCAAGGUGCACCGAGAGCAUCUCCCUGUUCAAACGGGCCAAUCGGCGGCCAGCGAAGGCCGGCGCCGCAUUUAAACCCGUACCCGAGUAUCAGCUGGGAUUUUUGACCCUCCAAGUGAAAAUCUAGGGCGAACUUUUGGAAGGUCUAGACGGCCGCUACGUGCCUUCGGCCAGCCAGGCGAGAGAGGUGAAGAUGGAUGCUGGUAGUAAGCAGGAAGACAUUCUUCUUUUGGAAGAUGAAAAAUUUGACUUCGAUCUUUCCUUGUCUUCUUCAAGUGCAAAUGAAGAUGAUGAAGUCUUUUUUGGGCCGGUUGGACAUAAAGAAAGAUGCAUUGCUGCCAGCUUGGACUUCAGCGGCCACGUUCCCGAGCAGACUCUUGCCGCCGCCCCCGGCAGCCCUUGUACCUGGAGCCCGCUCACUGGGGAGAAGUUUGUAGAGGUGUACAAAGAAGCCCACUUACUGGCCUUACAGAUUGAAAGCCACAGCCGAAGAGAGGUGACCCAGGCUGCCAAGCCCAAACAGCCUGUGAACCAGGCCGUGGAAAGAUUUGUGCAGAACUCAGAGUUAAAAAUCAGCCUCUUUGAGAAAGAGCAGAAGAAGGAAAAAAGCCCCAUGUCACUGAAAAGAGAGACAUUCUGCCUGCCAUCUUCAGGGGUGCAGCCUCUCUUGGGGGAGCCCCAGCUGCUGGCUUCUCCAGCCCUGCUCAGCUCCCCUGUCCCAGCUGGCCCUGUUCAGACCCAGAGCAACCAGGAUCUGUCCUGCUCCUCUCAGCCAUUGCCAGGGGAGUCAAGGACCUCCCAACCUCCAAAUCAGCCUGGGCCUCAGAGGAGGAUCUCCAGCAAGCUACAGCCGCCCCGAGCUUUGCCUGUGAGAGGAAGACAUCCUCACCUGGCCACGGAGAAGCUCAGGAAGGAGGUGCCAGCUGGUCUUCAGAAGAUGAAACUGCUGAAUGAAAAGGGAUCGCAGAGUGAUGCGCCCCUGGACAAACCCAGCACUGCUCCAGAUGCUGUCAGUAGAGGGAGCCGCCCAGGCAAGCGAUCCCUCCCCGUUCCUAGCAAGUUGGGGCUGAAGAAGACCCUGUUAAAACCACCAGGCUGUACUGGCAGUCUCACAAGGAAAUCCUCUGCCUCAGGGUCUGCCUCGAGCCUCAUGUCUGGUGCCUAUGUGUCUCCAGCAGCAGGCAAAGCAAAGUCCAGCGAUCUUUCAAAUAUUCCCGCCAGCAGCUCUCGGCCUCUGUCAAACACCAGCAAAUUGGGCAAAAUAGGCCCCGCCUCUCUGCACCAGGCUUUGCCAACAGCCCCUGCCAGGGCAUCUUGCAGACAAGCCAGAAAGGCUAAUGCUGCCCAGACAGUGGCAGAGCAGCCCAAGGCCUCCAUCCUGCCUCCCCUCAGGCAACAACCCCAGACUCCGGAACAAAGAGGACCGAGGCUGGACCCUGACACCCUGACAUCGUCUCAGUUGAAUAAAACUGGCAGUGUACAACGGCAGGACUCCAAUCUGAACCGCAAGCCAGAGGCUGUGUGUACCCCUACAAACCCGUUUAAAGUCCCCCAGUUUUCUGUUGGUAAGUACUAGAUACGUUUGGUGGUUUUUAAGAUUUGGGGAGGUUACCAUUGUAGCUAGUGCUGUUUUCACUGAGUGCUGACAUUCUGUCCAAGGCGUAUUGUGCUGCCCACC